AUGGAGAAGAUUAAGGAAUCUCUCAUUUUGUCUCCAAUACGAAUUCAGUUUUAUAACAUCAAUGCCAAGCCAGGUAGACCAAAAAGAGAUCUACAACCUGCUCUACCACUUUGUUCACCUUAUCAUAAAAAAGAAGUUGAUACAACUGAACGCAUUUCACGUUUGGAACAAAGGGUUGCGGGUUCUCCGUUUUUGGCUAUGUAUAAUCCCAGGGAAAAGAUCUAUGAAUCUGACAAUGGAUUUGCUGGUAUAAGAUCUGUGAUGGAGUCUCUCAUACCAGGUUGUAGGAUUCACGGAGGUGUUAUUGAUUUAUCGUCCGUUUUUCUAAUUGAUCUUGAAAAAUAUAAAGAUCAUCCUCGAGUCAGUUAAUUCAAAAUAAUGUAGAUGGAAAGGUUUCAGAUGGACAUGCUGACUAAAGACAAUGUUGUUGACUGUGGGUUAUUCAUGAUGAGACACAUGGAAGUUUGUCGUGGUGGUGGAGUGGAGAAGUUAGAUGCUGAUUUUUUGCCUGAGUGUACCAUUCAAUGGAUGCAAUUGGCUAAAAUGAGGAAGAAAUAUGUUUGAAGUUGUUUUUGUCAGACAUGAAUUGGUGAAAAGGUUCAUUUGUUACAACUCCUCAGGAUUAUGAUAAUCUAACAAGCUACAAGUGGAAGAAGAUUUACACUGAAGGUUAUUUACACGAAGUUGAAGUCAGGGUUAAAGCAAUAGUUGUUCUCUGAUUAUUGGA